AUGAACUUUUCUCGGAAAAGUUUAUAUUUAACACAAGCCCAACAUCGUUAUGUACCACCAUAUGAACGCUUGUUACGAAGAAAUCAGGCAUGGAAGUCAAAGAAGGUGAAGCUUGAAGCUGAAUUACAGGAAGAAUAUCGGCAAGGUACAUUAACACCAUUUCAACCACCACAAAAUUAUCGAUGUUAUUACAUACAUGAGCGAACCGAUAUAUUACUAAUCGAUGAAUUAAUUGAUCAAGCCAAAAUAACCAAACAUUAUUCCAUAGACACUGAAGAUGAUACAUUAACACAUAAACCAGCAACAUUACAAGUUGAAUACAUUAAGCAAAAUUUAUCAUAA